AAUCGAAUAUUUAUCGGCCAUCGCUAGCAUUGAGGUGACGGCAUUGGCUUUUGUGUGUCCAAAAACAAACUGCUUACAAAAGAAAUAGAAAUAUAUAUUAUUGUGUGUUGCGCAAAACGCAGAACUGAAAUCCGUAAUUGUGUGGUGGAAAAAAGCAAAUAGUAAACACGCAGUCAACUAAGCACUUAUUUAGCGCUCCCCACAGUUUGCAGAUAACGGCCUCAAAAUUGGCAAAAUACGGAAAAACAAGAAAAUGAGCUACAAUGAGAAAAGUGAGCCCAUCACAAAAGAGGAAUGGCUGCAACGACUCGAGCAGUUUCCCUUCAAGCAGGCGGACAUGAAUCGUCUCAUCAUGAACUACUUGGUCACAGAGGGCUUCAAGGAGGCAGCAGAGAAGUUCCAGCACGAAGCGGAACUGGAGCCCAGCGUGGAGCUGAGCAGCCUGGAUGAUCGCAUCCAGAUACGCGAGGCAGUGCAGGAAGGCCGCAUUGAGGAGGCCACACAUCUGGUGAAUCAGCUGCACCCGAAUCUGUUGGGCAGCGAGAUCUAUUUGUUUUUCCACUUGCAGCAGCUGCAACUGAUCGAGCUGAUCCGCGCUGGCAAAGUGGAAGAGGCACUCGUCUUUGCCCAGUCCAAGCUGUCCGAGUCGGGCGAGGAGAUACGCUUCGAACUGGAGCGCACACUAGCCCUGCUGGCAUUUGAGAAGCCGCAGGAGAGCCCCUUUGCCGAUCUGCUCGAGCAGUCGUAUAGGCAAAAGAUCGCCAGUGAGCUGAACGCGGCUAUUUUGCGCAGCGAGCACAGCGAGGAUUCGACGCCAAAGAUGAUGUUCCUGCUCAAGCUGAUAUUGUGGGCACAGUCCAAGCUCGACAGUCGCUCAAUUUCCUAUCCCAAGAUGAAGGAUCUGGAGACGGCCCAGGUGGAGCCCAAAUAAAUAAAUGCUCGGGCCAGCGGGGGAAAACACAAAUAAUCAUAAAAUCUGUAAGCAUGUGGGCGGGCGUGUGGGCGGAUGGUCAAUUUUAGGCGUGGCAACUGCAGC